CGUCAUCUCAACAACGCGAACAAGAUCGACCCUUCCAAUCAACGAACUUUUAAUAAUAAUACUCACAACGGACACAGACUGACACUCGUUCACGAGCAUUGCAAAGGUGAUGCCGCAGCCCAGUUCAAAGAAAGCACCAACUCCGGUGCGAACCGCGGCUCCCUUUGCUCCGCACGAAGCCAUGGUCGCCUCGCAGCAAGGUCACAUAGAAAACUUAGUGCAGAAGAAUCGGACACUGGAACACACCAUCAAGAAGCUACACGAUGAACGCGAUAUCGAACAAACUCGCGCCAAGGACACCGUCAGUUUCAUAAAACAACAGUGGCGAGCGGAGCAAAAGGAGUGGCACGCUGGUUGCGAUGCCUUGCAGGCGUGCCAUAGGAUUGCUCACCUCAGGACGGCAUGUGCUUUGGACGACGAACGAAUUGCGGUGCUCAAAGAGCGCGAAAUUGCACGGCGCGAGAGGCUUGCGCGUAUACAAAGGGAUUAUAAGAUCACCAUGUUCCAGGCUAGGGAGGCAGAACUAGAGAGUCAAAUAGAGGACCUCCAGGCAGAUCUCGACUAUCAAGCGGCUCAAACGGAGCAUUCGUUUAAAUCUCGCGAUGAGCAGUACCAGAAGACUAUUCUCGACCUACGCGCAAGACACGCGACGCUUUCAUCUGAGUUGAAGCUGAAGUCGGACGAAAUUGUAGCAGCUCACAAGCAACGCGAAGAUGUCGAGGAUCAACUGCGCCGACUCCGGGAAUCACAAGCAGAUGCAGACGCGACUACUGUUACAAAUGUCUCCAAACUAUCUCGGAUAACCGUGCAACGUGAUGGUCUACAAGCGAGGGUAACUCAACUCGAGCGGGAGCUUGAGGAACACAAGGACAAUGCUACUAAGUUGCAACGUCAACUUGACAAUUGGCAGGGUUUGAAAAAAGGCGACGAUGCGGACCUGGAGGUAUUACGCAAGAAGAAAGUCGAAUUGGAAGUUCAAGUAAGGGAAGCGAAAGCAGACGCCGAACGAUUUGAGAAAGCAUACGAGAAAGAGAAAGGUCGAGUUACUAAACUUAAGGAUGUCCUUAGUGACUGGAAGACCGAAGCCGAAGAGCAGCAAACGUGUCGGAAUCAGGCAGAGGAUGAGGCUAAAGAUGCGAAGAAGGCGGCGGAAAAGCUUGAGCAAGAGAUAUCAGACUUGAAGGCUCAGCUAACUGCUGCGCUCAAACCAUCCGCUGCUCCAAAGAGCAAGAGAACAUCUCCUAUUAUCCCUGUGUUACCAGAGGAGGAGGCUAACCAAAAGCGCCCGAAAGCAAAACCAGUCAAGCGCUCGAAGGCAGCUGACAGUGAUUCUGUUGAGUUGGUUGAACCUUCUGCCAAAGCAAAGGGGAAACGGAAGGCAUCUCAGGAAGACAGUGCCGAUGAAAAACCUGCAGCAGAGAAACCAAAGCGUGCACGAGCAAAGAAAGUCAACGCCGGCGCCCCAAAGGAGAAGGCACCAAAGAAAGCCACCCUUGAAUCCGAAGCCAAGAACCAGAAGAAAGCUACCGAGUCCUCACAACCAAAGGCAUCAAAAUCCGCUGCGGCUGCGGAUAGUACCGCAGAAGACGAGCAAGAUCCUGCACCCAAGAAGAAGAAGCGGAAGCUCAAUGUAGGCAUCUUCCCUUCUGCGCAGCAACAGCCUCCGAUGUUUCAGUGGGAUCAGGGUGGAACCGGCCUGGGCAUCCCUACCGAGCUCUCACCGGUAAAGGAUGCGCAUGUCCCCCGACGAUUGCAUCCAUCAAGCUCAGGGCCAAGUUUCAACCAAACUCGCGGAUGAAAUCUGUCUCGGGGUGGGUGAGCGGCCGCAUCGCUAAAGUCUUUGCUGUGAUCGAUGAAUGUUGUGCUUCUACUUGGUUCUUCUCGGUGAGAAGUGACAGGCAAAACAGUGCGCUCGUUGCCAUCAAGCUAGCUUUUAUACACUACAUACUAUAAUCCCCACGAACAAGAGCCUUCAUUGAUUGUACAUCUACAUAUAAGCCAUAUGUAUGAUAUUCUUCUCCUAUUCAGGACGACAAUAAUUAGUCCUUUUCAUGAUAUUUCACCCUUACAGA